CCUUUUUUUCAUUGAUUCAGAAUUUUUUUUUUGCCAAUCAGAAAAAAAUUAAGAGGUGAAUCGCCAUACUCAAGUGGCUGUCAACAUACUAGAUCACUUAUGAAUUCACAAACAUCCAGUUAGAAGCUAUUACCUACAUGUAUGGUCACAAUCAUGUAUGUACAUUGUACUAUGGUCUGGAAUCUGUAUGAAUCAGCCAAAAUAAAUUGUCCAAAGGUACCUAGUACAAAGUACACAUUCAAAUGAUUUCGCAAGCGAAAAGUUGAAAAUCAAUACUAGACAAAUUGAAUAGUAAUGGUUCCAGGGACUGCAAAUAAUGUGAAGAAGGGGUGAUUUAAACAAAGGUAAACAAAACAGUAAAGAAAAGGCAUGGAAAUGGUUAGCAAUUUGCCCAACCUGCCCCUGACCUCAUAGAAUGGAAUGGUCAUUCCGGCCUCCUGUUUACUUGAUGAUGCUUAUCCUUUUUGAUCAUAUGAUUGUCACACAAGUUCAGAGUAUUUCACAGCUGGAGCCAGGUGUGGUGAGUUCUUGUGUUGCUGAAGGAAGGAUCAAGGAAGACCAGAGUUUUCUACAUAAGUGCACUCAACCAACAAGACGACGGCAUUUGGCAGGCUGCUACACUAUCAAGCCUUGAGCUACAUGCAAGCAUGUCGAACUCCCACAAGACUGGGGUCAGUAGAGGAAAAAGGAAAUGACAACUUUUGAGAGCUUUGAAGACCACAAUUCAAUUUGAAGAUGGAUGAGCAACUGAGUGCUCCAGAUAACGACAACCCAUUUAAGGACAGAAAAGACUCCAUCACAUCCGAUUCAUCAGAGUUGGAUGCAUGUUUCCAAAAUGCCCAGCUCAUUAUCACUGACGAACACAUGUCCCAAGCAGAAAGAGAUGAGCUGAAAGCGUGUGCUGAUGGUUCUGCCACUUUUGAAGAAAUGGCACCUAGACUGCAUUCAAAACUUCAAGUUGCAAAAGAAGCGAGUGUUAACAUUGGCAUCGUUGGUGAUGCAGGGGCAGGGAAAAGUACUUUUAUCAACUCCUUUCGUGGUUUAAGACCCGAUGAAGAGGGCGCCGCCAAAGUCUCAGCCGUCCGCCACACUACCAAUGAAGUCACGCGGUAUCCUGUACCGGACAACCAAAACAUCGUCCUUGUUGACUUUCCUGGAGUCAUCUUCCGAAGCACAGACCAGGGUGUGGUAGAAGAGUUUGACACAAAAAGCUACCUCGACCUCUAUGGCUCAGAAAUGGAAAAAUGCGACCUUUUCCUCAUAUUUGUUACAUUACGAAUGAGCAACAACAUCAUCUGGAUUGCAAAAGAAGCCAGAAAAAUGGAAAAGAAUGUCUUUUUUGUCCGGUCAAAAUUUGACAUUGACUUAGCAAAUGAAAGCAGAGAUCACCCCAGUCGCUUUCCCAAAGGCACCUCCCACAUAAUGGAGGAAACACAGGCUUUUCUUCAGAAAGUGCGCCAAGCUACCGCACAGGAGCUAAGCAGGCAUGGGUAUGGUGAGGUCAAAGAGACAAAGGUAUUUGUCAUCUCUGGGUUACUGGCGGAUGUACAUGCCGGUACAUACGACAGGUCCAAUCUCCGGAUAACUAUCUGCAACACAGUCUCUCCAGCCAAAAAAGCAGUUCUCCUCACAAGCUUGCCAGACUUUGCAAUUGACACAGUACAUGACAGAGCAGAGUUUCUCAGAUCACGGGAAGUUAUUGGAGCAAUCGCUUUGAAUACAAUCAUCAGUCUUGCCCCUGUGCCAGGACUUCCGGUAGCCUUGGAUAUUGGAGUCCUUAUAGCAGGCUACCAUCGUGUCAAGGCAGCCUUGAGUCUCAACGACAAAUCCCUCAAGCGACUAGCAGAGCUAGGAAAGAAGGACUACAACAGCCUGAGGUCGUUUGUUGACAGAAGACUUGUGUUGGGAGAAAGGAUAAAGAAUGCCUCGGGUCCCCAUGCAAUCCGAGGUAUUGUGGCUGCUACAACAUCUGGACUUACAAUAGGUGCCCUCGCUGUCACAACUUUAGCACUUAACGUCUCCCUUCCAAUUGUUGGUGCACUCAUAGCAGCACCAGCCUCAGCUGCAUAUGUGUACUUCAUCAUGCGAGAGAUGAUCAACGAAAUGGAGUCAUGUGCAGUUGAUCUCUUCAAGUAUGCAUAUGGAUUAGAACCAGGCCCAGCAUACAUUGGAGUUCUUGGGAAAGAAUGCUCCAGCAGAACAAAAUUCCUGAACGCCAUCCGUGGGCUUCGUAAUAAUGAUCCCGGCGCAUCUGAUGGAAAGGCCAUCAAAAAGCCUACAGAACACACAUCUUCUAACAACCUUGUGUUUGUGGAGUUUCCAAGCCCACAGGUUAAGAAGUCAUUGUUUCAACGGAAAAUCGACAAAGAGGCUUACAGGAAGAGCUUUGGAGACAAGUUGAAGCAAUGUGAGGUUUGCCUGGCUUUCAUUGAAGAACUUGAAGACAUAACUGAUGAAAUGAUCACUGUUGCCAAGAUGGCAAGAGAGGAAAAGAUCAAAGUGCUGUUUGUUUGGCCAAAUAACAGCCAUCUUUCAACAGACCAGAGUGACAUGAUCAGCAAGUGCCAGAGGAAUCUGAAGAAACUGUAUGGUGAUAUUGAUGCAUCUGACAUCUUCAUCAUCAGUACUGAGUAUGAGGCAAUGACUGGCGAUAGAGGACGAAUGCCUGCCUUAAGACAUGCCAUCUUCAAAGAACUUCAAGAUGCUGACAAGACAGAUAGGUCAAUGAUGCAUUUCAGCUCAGAGUCAGACAUUUUGCAGUUGGAUGAACGUGAUGCUGGGCCUAUGUUGAACAGUCUGCCAGAUGGCUUCUGGGAUGAAGAGAUGACAGACCUUACAAAGAGCAAAGAUGACUGCGUAUCAAAGUGGGAGCAGACAAUGAUUCGAAUUGGUAUCAUCAGUGACCAUGGAGCAGGAACUAACACGUUCAUCAGUUCUCUCCUGGGUUACCGUGAGAAGGUGGCCUCCCGUACAGCAGCUGGGUCCACACAAACAGAGUACACCUCAGCUGACACACAACGCCCACAGAACCUCACUGUGGUCAGGUUCCCUGCAGUGUCAUUUCAAAUAGGCAUAAAAGAAGACAUCAAGUCCAGGUACAUGAAAUGCCAAAAGGACAACAUCAACCAUUGUGACAUCUUCCUAGUUCUGUGUGGAGAGGUCGUGGCAACAGAGACCAUCUCGCUAACAGUGGAAGCAAUGAAGAAGGAUAAGAAGGUGCUGUUUGUUAAGUCAAAGUUUGACACAGAGUGUGGCCCUAAGGCUAAACCUCAAGAAAGAGAAGCCAUCAUGAAGAGAGUAAAGCAGAGCCUGGCUGAUGCCAUUCAGAACAAGCUUAGUGCUGAAGGCUGCACAACAACAGUGACCUUGAAUGACCUCUUCCUCGUCAGUGGCAAGUGGGAAAAUGUCAUGCUAGAAGCAUUUGACAUGGUCAAACUGAGAGAGGCUAUGAUCAAAGAACUGAGUGCACUUCAGAAACAGGCCUUUGUGAUGCUGUGUAAAGACUACUCCCCGGGUAUGAUCCCCACCAAGUCUACACUACUGAAACAGAUGGUGUGGACACAGGCUGUCCAGUCAGGGGCUCUCAGACCAUGGGCUGGACUCAUGGUGGACACACCAGUAGACCUAGAGAAGUUAAGGGAAUUCUGUGAAGUGUACAAGAAGUGUUUUGGCCUAGACCACGAUUCCCAGGAAGACUUGGCUGAGUUAUCUGCUACAGAUAAGGAGUUUAUCCAAGAAUCUGUAGAAAGCAAACUCACUAUGUGUAAGGGUCUAUAUGGUGCAACCAAGGAGGAUCAGCCAGAUCUCCUUGGUGCAACCAAUUCAUUGCCCCAAACCUCCAUCCGUGAUCUUGCUGGAAUGGUUUCAAAGAAUGGCAGUACUCUCAUGACCCUCGAAGUUGCAAAUUACUCUUUUGAAACACAUGUAAACUAUGGAUUACCUGAAGGGAAAGCCAUGCGUGUCAUGGCACAUUUCUUGCGUAAGAUAAUCACUGAACAGGCAGAAUGUGCGCAAGCACUGUAUGAGGAACUUUUUGUCACCAAGUAAUGUUAACUUUGUGUUAUCAUUAAUAAUAGGUGAUAAAGGGGAAAUGUUUUGUGUCCCUGAUCAUCAAGACAUAAUGUUCUAAUGUGUAAGGUGGAAUACAAAUUCAUUAAUUCAUUUCUGAAAUACCGGUAGUCUAUUUGCCACAUUUUUGGGGGCUUCCAGGUAAGGAAGCUGGGAUGCUAAAUUAUUAUGAUAGAAGGGCAAAUCAAAAAGUUGUGCUUCUCUCACAAAACAACCUUGAGGCAUUAUUUUUCAAUAUCCCUUCAAAUCAGCACAUCUCCUUGCAUGCUGAGGAAUGUUGACCUGAAUGUAACAAAAUCAAAAUAUCCUUGAGCAAGAGAAAUUUCAUUGAGCAAGAGAAAUUUCAUUGAGCAAGAGAAAACAAACUGAAGUCCCAGGACUUUUGGGGCUUUUGUAGUUGUCCUAAUAUUGCAGUACUUUUGAUUAUCAUCACUUUGGCACAGCAUUACAUAGAAGCACUAAGAGUUUUGUUUGUCAACUUCUGUAUUUUGUGGCACAUUUUCUUAAAUACUGUGGUCAUGAUAAAUUCAAGCAUGUUUGUACAUUUUCUGAUUGUAUAAAAUUGUAUACAUGUAUCAACAUGACCCUUAGCUCUAUCUGGACUAUCAGUAAUACCCAGUCUCUUUAGAAAGUGCUAAAAAUAAUGUCACUGGAAUAAAAUAAUUGGCUUCAUUAACUCAUACUUAAGAGCAUCAACAUACAAAGGAACAAAGCGUUUUGUGAGGCUCUAUUUGCAUUUUCAAUUGUUCAAUAUUUUGAUUCCUAUACAUAUUCAGAGCAUUAAUUUUUGUUCCACAUUAUUUGAUUCUUGCAUGGAAAAAGAUCUACAUGUAUCUGUUAAAACGGUAUGUGCUAUGUAAUCUUACCAUUGUUACAAACUGUAUGUAUAUGUACAGUUGUGACACUGACAGUCCUAGAUGUGAAUUUAUACUCACUGUGAGAUAUGUGACAUAACAAUUAUCAAACACUGUACAUAAGACAGUAGGUUACAACUAUUCAUCAAAGAUACAAAUGUAUAUUGUAAGACUAAGAGAUAGACAAGAAAAUACAUUUUGUAUCCUAGCCUAGGGGUUUAACAUGAAAAUUGUAGUAGGAGGACAGUGACAACAACAAAACAUGGCACAAUACAAUUGACAGACAAGAAGGAUUAGCCAAUACAGAAACAACAAAUUUGGACAAAAAUGUUGACAUUAUAAAACUUUCUAAGGUUUAUGCAUAAACUGAAAUAUUGGUUAUCAUGUCAGGUUACAGUUCUAAGAAAUCAUGGCACCAAUUAUGUUUAUUUCAGAUGUUUGUGUUUUUUUUCAAAUAAUUGAUUCAAUGAAAGCAUGAUACAGAAUCUAGAUCAUACAUUCUCCCUGAGGUAAUUAUACUACAUGUACACCUCAAUACCAUUCUUGAGCCUGGUAUACUGUCUUGUAUAGUUUGCUGUUCUAAAGUUAAUUGGUGGAGAUGUCAGUCAUUGUCUAUGUUAAUAGAUGGAUCAAAGUUGUAAGCCAGGAUCCUCACCUAUAGAACAGUAAACGCAAACAUGCUAUUAGUCACAAGAUAAAUACAAGUUAUAAAAGUAAUUUGCUACAUCCAAUAGGUUAUUGGUUGUAGAUUAGUCUUGUUAAAUGAUGAUUCUAAUCAAUUGAGAGCAAUUUUGUAAUGCAAUUCAGGCAAGCCUUCUCAAAAUAUAUCUAUAAUGAUUCUGGUUUUUGCCUGCAAGAAAUAAUACAGCUACAUGUACUUAGUAUUUUUGACAAAAUUCAUGUUCAGAUGUACUGGUGAUAAUUACUAUGUUACUGUAUGUUCAAAAACAAGAAAUAUUGUCAUAUCUAGUACAUCUAAGUAAUACAGCCAUUGACAUUGACUUCUGCUUUUUUACCUGAAUUAUUACUUGUAAAAACUGAAAUGACACAAAAAAAUACCAUAAUGCAGAAUGAUGAUUACUGAUUAGUGAACAAAAAUAAAGAUUUGCUGCUUACCUUA